AUGGCUUCCACUUUGAACUCUGCGCCGGCUGCGAACAGCUCAUCUGGCAAUGCCCACUCGACACAGAACUCCGGCCGCCCCUCUCUGAGACCUAGCGCCAGCACCAAGGGGGACGGUCGCCGACAGUCUGGCAGCCCUGUUGAUGGUGCUCAGCGGCGCACAAACUCACAGAAAGCCUGGACCCAAGGGACCAACCCCAUCACUCAACGCUCCUCAUAUUCGAACGGAAACAUGGCUCGCCAGUCGGGCUCCCCUCAGCCCGGCCUGAAGGAAUCGAACACCCCCGAUAACCACGCGCAUGACCGUUUACUGUUCUUAUUCGCCAGUUUCAUUGGCCUGCAUACGACAAUUACCACAAAAGGCGGAGACAAAUAUACCGGCAUUUUCUCGUCUUCAACUUUGGGAGCGAGCGAUUCAUCAUUCAUUCUGAAGAUGGUGCAGCGAGCAUCUCAGGAAAACCAACCUAAGACUAAUGGCACGAGUGAUGCGUCUAGUAAUUACCUAGGAUCUGGACAGGAGCAUAGCAUGGCCUUUGAUAUCAAGGAUGUAUCGGACAUCGCUGUGCCGAACGUCUCCCCGGCUGAGGUCUCGGCCAAGGAAUCCAAUGGUGCGAGUGGUUUCAGAACCGACGCUGACAUCUCCGGAAAUUUGGCAAUGCGUGAGCGCACCCUUAAGCGCUGGGAGCCUGCCGCUGACGAAAUUGACAUGUCCUUGGAGAGCGCCGCGGGCGAUUCCGCGGGCUGGGAUCAAUUCGAGGCCAAUGAACGUCUUUUCGGUGCAAAGACCAACUAUGAUGAGAAUCUUUACACCACUCGCAUUGACCGCUCAGACCCCACCUACCGUCAGAAGCACGCCGAGGCGGCUCGCAUUGCGCGUGAGAUCGAAGGCCAGGAUCACGAAAACGCCCACAUGCGCGAAGAGAGAGGCCUGGUGGCCCCUGACUCGGGUGACCAGGAUGAAGAAUCCAAGUACAGCGGUGUCCAGCGUGAGGACAAAUCCUUCCAGCCCCUCGCUUCUGGCCAGCCCAAUAAAUAUACUCCUCCUGGACGCCGUCAGCCCGCACCUCCUGUUGCGCCCUCAAAGCAACCAUCGGCUCCUGUGCCUCAGGCUCCAGCCAAGGAGAUUGCCCCUGUUGAGAAGCAACAGCCAACUCCCGCGGCCCAGCCCAGUGCUGAGGCAGAGCAGAAGACUGACAACAGCAAGGCUGCGCCUGCUGCUUUCACCGCAAAGCAACAGCGCCCUGUCCCCGAUAAUGCUACUGCCAACGUCGAGACCGAGGUUCUCGAUCACUUCCGCCAAUUCGCCAGCAGCGAGAAGCUGAAGGUUCAAGAACGUCGUCGCAACCAAGCAUCGUACGAUCGUACGAUCAAGUUGAACGAGUUAAUGAAGUUUUCCAAGAACUUCAAGCUCUCUACUCCUGUUCCCAAGGAUCUGGUGCCCAUUCUCGCCAAGGACCCCCACAAGCAAGAGGCUAUCAUCGGCCGGCUUCAAUCGCCAGAUGAGAAGGCCAGCCCGAAGUCUGCUUCGCCUGUGGCUGAGCAGAAGCCCACUGCUCGUGCUACUGGACCUACUGGUGCAGUACCUCCUGUGGCUCCUUCUGACCGCCAGAACUUCGCUCGGGGUCGUCAAGGUUAUCCUCCUACUGGCCCUCUUGCUGGCCCUGGUGGUCGCUUCCCCCAGCAGCCCAUGCAGCAGGGUCGUCCCGGUGCUGGUAUGCUCAGCCAUCGCCUCCAAGACAACCUACAGCAGCGUAAGGGUAACAACAUGGCUCCCGUUCCCGCUCCGUUGCCUAUUCAGGAUGCUCGGGGACCUCCUACUGGCCCUGCCAGCGAUCAGUCCCGGAUCACCAGCCCCGUAAAGUCUCAGAGCUUGGCCUCCGCUGCGUCGAAAUUCAAUGUUCGCGCGAUGGAGUUUAAGCCCAACCCUGCGGCAAGCACUUUCACUCCCGGUGGCGGUUCGGGAUCUUCUGCUGGUCCUGGCACUACUGGUACUACUGCUGCUAGUGGUGUUACUGCUGCUAGUGGUGUUACUGGCGCUACUGGUGCUAGUGGUGCUAGUGGUGCUUCUGGUACUACUGGUACUACUGCCGCAACUGCUACUAACACCGCCGCCGCUAGUGCUAGCCCGCGAUCCUUCUCGCGAAAUACUUCUGUUUCUCGUGCGACUACACCCUCUGCAUUCUUUGGCACCAAGAAGCCCCAGCCUAUCUCCGAGAGACCGUCCAUUGAUGAUCAGUUUAAUCCCAUAAAGCGCAUGAAGAAAGAGAGCGCCGAGGCAGCUGAAAAGGCCGGCAAGCCUUACACUCCAUUCAAUGGCGGCGUUCCCCCUCCUUACAAGACUCUGCCCACUUGGGAUGUGUCAGAGGCCAACCAGGAGAAGAAUUUUGACCAGAUGUUCAAGCAGCCGAGCAGUAUUCCCUCGGCUUCCCCCCAGGGCCGUUCUGCUUCAAACAACCCCCAUCUUCCCCAGUCGCAGAUGCCUUUCUACCAAGGGGGCAACCAGGGUAUGCCACCUUCCUCCGGUCCUCCUGGUGGACCUCACAUGCACCAAGGUUCCCAUGGUCCUACUCCGGGUCACAUGGAUGAUCAUCAUCGCAUGCAGUUGUCGGCAUCGUCUUCGCAGGUUUUCCCCUCGCCUCGUAUGGGACAAAGUCACAUGGGAUAUCCUUCUCCCAUGGUCCCACAUGCACAGCUGGCAUUUGGCCAGCCGGUGCCGCAAUUCUACGGAGGACCUCAGCCCGGCCACAUGAGACAGUACCAGGGUGGCCCUCAGUUCAUGAACCCGCAAGCUGCCAUGGGAGCUCCCAUGAUGAUGCAGCAGGCUUCCACCGGUUCUUAUAUGGGUGUGCCCCAGGGCAUGUCUCCAUAUAACCCGCAAAUUCAGAUGUACUCCCCUUCUCCAGCCCACGCCUAUCCUCAGCAUGCACCCCCUCAUCAGCCACACAGCGGUUACCCUAGCCCCAGUCGCGGUGCGCCCAUGAUGAUGCACCAGAACUCGCAGUCAGGCCAACCUCCCCAGCAGAUGAUGUUCAUGUCUGGACAGCCUGGACAGCCUGGAUAUGGAGCGCAACAGCCCGGUCACAUGCCUCCUGGUCGUGGUGGCUACCCCCAGCAGCAGCCUCAUUUCUCCUCAAGCCCUCACCAGGGUCACCAUUUCCCUCCUAAUCAGCACCGGACACCAAGCAACAGCUAUAACCAGGUCCCUCAGAUGGCUCCCCAAGGACCAUCUGGCACCCAGGUCAAUGCGGGCUCCGGUUCGCACUCUGCUGAGCCCGCCGAUGAGGGUAAAUGA